GCGGCGAUGGCUGCGCCCGCGAGCGCACGCGGCGAGUGGCGGCCUUAGUGGCGGCGGCUGCGGGUCCGUGCGGGUCCCGGGGCUGCAGAGCGCGGUAAAAAUGAAGGCCAAAAAAGGAGGGAGAUUCAAAUCGUACUUUAAAUUGAAACAAAAAGGCAUUGAAGUAACAGGAAAAUGGAAAACCGUGCCGAUCGACCCCAAUCUAUUUGCUGAUGAGGAGUUUAAAGACAUAGUAUGCUUGGAGGAACUCACAGAGUACAGACUAGUAAGUUCUUCCAAAGUGGGAAAAGUAAAAGAGAAGAAGAGAAAGGCUGAGAGUGUUUCAGAAGAAGGUGAGGAGGAGGAAGAGCCUGUUGUCCCUCCCAAAAAGAAAAAGAAAAAGAAAGAAUUGAGAAGCAAAACAGAUAGAAGUGGUGAUUCUAAUGCAACAGAAAUUGAUGUGCCAGUUGAUGAAGAGGCAAAGUGUAAAAAAAUAAUUGAAGUGGUAACCUGUGAAGACCACGGACAUGUGGCUGAGAGCACUUCAAGCACAAAAGAUGCUCCAAGGAAAAAAAAGAAGGUGGCUAAAAAUAACACUUCACAAGUUCAAGAAACUCUUCCAUCAGUAACUACUUCUAAAAAAGUUAAAAACUGGACAACAGAAGUUUUAUCUGCCUCAACUGAUCACAAAGCUGAUGUGUCUGCUUGGAAAGACCUUUUUGUACCUGAACCAGUGUUGCGGGCCUUGAGCUACCUGGGAUUUAAUGCUCCAACUCCUAUUCAAGCCUUAGCUUUGCCUUCUGCCAUCCGGGAUAAUAUGGAUGUUCUUGGGGCCGCAGAAACAGGAAGCGGCAAAACGCUUGCAUUUGCAAUUCCAAUGAUUCACUCUGUGCUGCAGUGGCAAAAAUCAAAUAGCUACACAACCAGAAAUGACAGUGUUACUAAAGAAUCUGAUCAGCAUCAUGAUGAAACAAGACAGGAAAAUGAGGAUGAAGCAGAAAAACUAACCCAUCAGCAGGUUGAAGCCAGUGGAGAUGAAGAUGAUGCAUCUUUCACAACAGGCUGUGUGAAGGUGCUGGAAAAUUUUGGAUUUGAUUCUGGUGACAAGACACAUACUGUUGGCUCCCAUAAAAAGAGACCUCUUUUAGGACUGGUCCUUACCCCCACAAGAGAAUUAGCUGUACAAGUAAAACACCACAUUGAUGCAGUUGCAAAGUUUACAGGCAUUAAGACUGCAAUUCUAGUUGGAGGCAUGGCUGCACAGAAGCAAGAACGUGUCCUGAAUCGAAAGCCAGAAAUUGUAAUUGCAACCCCAGGCCGUCUGUGGGAGUUAGUUAAAGAGAGACACCCACAUCUUUCAAAUCUUCGGCAGCUCAGAUGCCUUGUAAUUGAUGAGGCAGAUCGAAUGGUUGAGAAGGGUCACUUCUUAGAGCUGUCUCAGCUGCUGGAAAUCUUAAAUGAUUCACAGUAUAAUCCUCAACGACAGACAUUUGUUUUUUCUGCCACUUUGACUUUAGUCCAUCAGACUCCCUCAAGAGUUUUACAGAAAAAGAAUGCUGUAAAGAUGGACAAGAAGACCAAACUAGAAUUACUAAUGGAAAAAGUAGGAAUAAAGGGGAAACCCAAAGUGAUCGACUUAACAAGGAAAGAGGCUACUGUUGAGACUCUGACAGAAACCAGAAUCCACUGUAAUACAAAUGAGAAAGAUUAUUAUCUCUAUUACUUUCUUCUCCAGUAUCCAGGGAGAACCAUGGUCUUUGCAAACAGCAUAGACUGUGUAAAACGCCUCAGUUCACUCCUGACAAUCUUAAAUUGUGAUCCUCUUCCUUUGCAUGCCAACAUGCACCAAAAGCAAAGGUUGAAAAACCUGGAAAGGUUUGCUGAGCGAGAGAGCUGUGUCCUCCUGACGACAGAUGUUGCAGCUCGUGGUCUUGAUAUUCCCAACGUGCAGCAUGUCAUCCACUACCAGGUCCCUCGUACUUCUGAGUUGUACGUACACAGAAGCGGCAGAACAGCCCGAGCAGCCAGCGAAGGCCUCAGCCUAUUGCUGAUUGGCCCUGAUGACUUGAUCAAUUUUAGGAAAAUUUAUAAAACAUUGGAGAAGAGUGAAGAGCUGCCGUUUUUCCCAGUUGAAACCAAGUGCAUGACUUCUAUCAAGGAGAGAAUGAAUUUGGCACGGCAGAUUGAGAAGGCAGAAUUUUUCAAUAGUCGGGCAAAGCAACACAACUCCUGGCUCCAGCAAGCUGCAGAGGCUCUUGAGAUGGAUGUUGAUGAUGACAUGUUGAUGGGAAAAAAAGCUAGUGAGGAAGAAGAAAUCCAGAAGCAAAAGGUGCUGAAGGGGAUGAAAAAACAACUGAAACAUAUGUUGUCCCAGCCACUGUUUAAAGUCCUUAUGAAAACCAAGUACCCAACACAGUCUGGAAAACUGCUCCUGCCUCAGACAUCAGUGGGAAGUUCACAGUCUGCUCUGGGUACCGUGUCCAAACAACAAGCAAAGAGGAAGAAAUCAAUAAAAUUAAAUUAGAUAACUGAGCAAGAUCACUCAGUGUAACAGAAAUAAGGACAACCCUUAUGGAAGAACUAAGCUAGAAAACACGUAGUGUCAGAGACUGUUGCCUGUGUCUUGGUUGUGCAGGCACAAAGCAAAAUGUUGAUUUAAAGGACUCUGUUAACAUGCAGUUACUGUUGGAUCUUGUUUUCUUACAUUCUUAUUUUUUCAUACUCUAUUAAUAGAAGUUAAUCAGUUUUGAAAUAUUUCUGUUUAUUACUCCUUUUUGUGAGAUGGAUAAAAGUUACUGGGUAAAAUUCAUGGUGGGCAUAUUCCAAUGCUAAAACUUGAUUUGAAUGUUAAUGCCCUUAAAGGACAGGGGAGGGUAGGCUGUGUACAAUCUGAGAGGGUGGCAAUGGGAGAUUUAGCUUUUACUGUGGCCAGUUCAGUGAGAAAGCUGGCAAAUGCAGGUAAUGUUAACAGCAAGUCUACAACUCUGGUUAUGGAAAUCUCUCCCACUUUUCUUUUUACUCUGAUACAUUUUUCUGUUUUGUUCUCUAUGAGGUUUAAUUCUCUUAGACCUGUGUUAAUAUGUUUUAGAAGGUGCAAGAGAAGUCUAGAUGGCAUGGGCCAGGACUGACCUUGGGAGUUGUGUAUAUUUUUGAGCAGUAAGUGUUGCUACUCUGUGUUUUAUUAAUUCAUAAUUGGAACUAGGUCUCUGUUUGAAAACAUUUUAGAACAAUGACCUUUGCUUUAAUGGAAAAGAUUAUGAAAUGCUAUUUCUAAAGAGUGCUUCCUGAAAUUAUGCUUUUAAAUAAUUUUAACAUGACCUGGGCAAAUAAUUUUUAAAACUAUUUUUUAAAAUAUGUCAGAAAAAUGUAUUUUGAAUUUUUGUUAAAUUAUAUCUGCUGAAAAAACCAAAA